AUGAAUUACAUGAAGCAGAUGCUGGAGCAGAUUUAUAGCCAACAGGUUCAGUUACCCCAGCAAGACGACGGUUGGGCCUUUUCUCUUACUCUAGUUGAUGUAGCUUGGCUUUGGUUCAAGCAGUUGAAACCAAAGUUCAUUAGCUCGUUCUCUGAUCUCAAUGACGCUUUCCUUACCAACUUCAUCGGUGGGAAGAAAAAAUUGAAGUCAUCUGCAUACCUGAAUAAUAUAAUCCAAAAAGAAGGAGAGCUGCUUAAGGAUUAUAUCAAGCGUUUCAACUUUGAAUCACUCCAAGGUGUCAGGGAUAAGCCGUUUCUUACAUCCUUGGACAAGAACUCGCCCAUCACUCUAGCUGAAUUCAUGGCAUGUUCAGAUAAGUAUGCGGAUGCCGAAGAAACCCGAAUACUACACGAGGCUGCUCAAAACGCAAAAACCUCCACCAAAGAGUCAACAAAAAAGGAAGUUGACUCGGCCGGAGGUAAGAAGCGUAAAGAUGAUCGGUCCCGCGAUGAACGUAGAUCGGGUAAAAAGCCCGAUCAAAAGUUUUCAACGCGGAAUAAAAAUAAGUACUGCCAUUUCCACCGAGAUCAUGGGAAGAACACGAGCGACUGGUAUAAUCUCAAACAGGAGAUUGAGAGGCUUAUUCGAGAAAGUCACCUCGGCGAACACGUCGACUCAGGAGCUAGAGCCACGGAAGAACACCCAAAUGAUAACCGACCCAUUGAGGAUAUUCGAACUAUCAUCGGUGGUCAUUUGGGUGGAGGCGACUCAAGUAAUGCUCGGAAGAACCAUGCGAGGAACAUUAGUCACCUUGAGUUCGAAAUUAUGAUUCUAGCUCGGCCUCCGAAGGAAAGAAAGUUCGGAAGAUACAGCAUGGCAUUCACGGAGGAAGACGUGAGGGGCAUUCAUCAUCCGUAUGAUGAUGCUCUGGUUAUCACCGUUACUAUUGCUAACCGCCGAGUCUUCAGAGUCCUCGUCGACGCAGGAUCAUCCGCAGAUAUGUUGUUCACAUAG